AUGUCUCCAUCAAAAUUUAGAAGCAAUUUCAGCAUCACCCACAUCGGCACUGCUACUGCCAUUUUCGAGAUCGACCAUGUCAACAUCCUAACUGACCCCUUCUUCUCCCCCGCCGGCACAAGCUGGGACGUGGGCGGCGGCAUGGUCCUCAAGAAUACCGAGACCCCAGCUAUGGGGCUGGAGAAUCUUCCCCGUAUUGACGCCAUCCUUCUCAGCCACGAAGACCAUGUGGAUAAUCUUGACGAGCUCGGCCGCCAACUCUUGAACGGCCGACACGUCUUCACCACCAUCGACGGCGGUAACAAGCUCGCUCCCCGCCCCGCUGUCCGCGGCAUGAAGCCAUGGGAGACAACUUCCGUCAAGCUCGGAGGCACGGAAUACGAGAUCACCGCAAUCCCAUGCCAGCAUCUGCCCGGCGGCGAAUGCACGGGCUUCAUGCUGUCCACAGAGGAUUUCGGUGUUCACCCUGAUGGUCGGCCCAACGUCAUCUACUUCACCGGUGAUACUGUAUACUUCGACGAGCUUGCGAAAAUCCCUGAGAAGUUCCAUGUUGUUGCUGCUGUUAUGAAUCUGGGGUCGGCGCAUGCGGCUCUGCCUGAUGGAAUUGUCCAGGCUACUAUGGACGGCAAGCAGGCUGCUCACCUUUUCCGUACUAUCAAGGCGGACUGUCUCGUCCCGAUGCACUAUGAGUCUUGGAAUCAUUUUACGCAGUUUGGAAAUGAGUUGGUGGAGGUCUUUGAGGCGGAGGGAAUCGCGGAAAAGAUUCGCUGGCUUAUCCCGGGCAAAUCUGUGAACAUUCUGUGA